AUGGAUGUUCAUUCUGUUAUUCAUUCGUUGCGUCGGACAGGCCCUCUUCGUGCUACUCGUGAACGGAGAGACGUAGCAUGUUAUGUAGUGGUGGCGGAAAUUGAGCCUGCACUUGUGGUUAUGGUGCUAGCGGUCGCGAUUACGAUUAUGAUUGAGUUGAUAGUUGUGCUGACAAUGAGCACAUCAACUCAAAUGCUUUUGUUGUUCUGUUUGAAGUACUCGGAGAUGCGUUGGCGAGCGAUGGUUUUUGAUGGACGUUCAUUUCUGUUAUUCUUUCACUGCGUCGGACCUCUUCGCGUAGUUCAUAAACGGAGAGGCGCAGCGUGUUAUGGUAGUGGUGGCGGCAAUUGA